AUGAAAGUUGACCGCCCAUUGCCCAUUCGCAUCCUCACUCAUAAUAUCCGCUAUGCCACGUCGGCACCUUUCAGAGGGGAGAAACCCUGGAAAGACCGAAAGCAACGCCUACUAAAUGAGCUCCAUUAUCAUUCCUGUCAUAAUCCGGAGACAUUCAUCUGCUUGCAGGAGGUGCUUCACGUCCAAUUGAAUGACAUCCUCUCAGGUCUCAAUCCCAGCACCAGCACCAGCACAGGUGCGACUACUGAAUGGGCAUAUAUCGGUGUUGGACGGGACGACGGCAAGCAGGCAGGGGAAUACUCCCCGAUCUUCUACCGCCCCGCCGUCUGGGAGCUCGAAGAGUCCAAGACGGUCUGGCUCUCGGAAACCCCUUCAGUCCCAUCCAGGGGCUGGGACGCCUCCUCCAUCCGCAUUGUCACAAUUGGCGUUUUCAAGCAUCUCGUGAGCCGGAAGCGGGUGCUGGGCAUGAGCACGCAUCUUGACGACCAAGGGUCCAAGUCCAGAUAUGAAGCGGCAAAGUUGAUCCUCACAAUGGCCAACCUGUAUCUCACCAAAAACAGGCUGGCCAGCAGAAAUAUCAAUGGUAUUUUCCUGGCGGGGGAUUUCAACAGCGAGGAGGAUCAGGAAGCCUAUCGCGUGCUCACUGCGGUUGAUUCGCAGUUUGUGGAUGCCCAGAAGCAGGUUGAUACUGCACUAAGGUAUGGAAGUGAAAAUACCUAUACCGGCUUUGGCUACGAGGACGAGGGUCCGAAGAGAAUCGAUUACGUUCUAUUCGGGCCCAAACGCGGUGCGAAUCCGGCAUGGUCUUGGUCUAUCGAAGGGUAUGCUGUGGUGCCUAACAAAUUUGAUGAUGGCGUGCUCAACUCAGAUCACCGGGCAGUGGUUGCGGAUGCUGAGCUAUUCUGA